AUGCGUUCGGCUGGUUGGAUGGAUGCGGCUUGCGCUUCGCUUGCAGUGCUGUGUCGUCGCGGCGCACACAGUAGUGGGGUGACGGAGGCCACGCAUGCGUUUUCCUACCGACCAAGGUGGCAGUACUCAUUCCCAUUUCGUUCUAAACGACUCACAGACUUUGUUACGGCCAGUGAAAAUUCUGUGUCCUCCGUUGCGUACACGUACCAGCACGCUGAAAACAGGGUUGUCGUUACCCUAAUACCUCUUCAACACUUUGCACACCCGCAGUUUUUUCAUCAGGUGGAUGCACUCUGCAGCCAACAUGAGUCCGUAUUAAUGGAGGGGCGUACGCCUUUGGCUGGUGCACCAUUUUCGACAAUUGUUCCUCCCCGUGAGGGCGUUGCUUCGGUGCGCCCGGCGGGACACGAAGAUGACGAGGGUUGGGAACCGCGGGAGAUUGAAAGGUUUUGGCAGCCUUUUUCAUGGGGUGUUAAGGAUUCCCCUACGAUGACGAUUAUUCAUGCUGCUGACAAGUACGAUUACGAAAAGUUGCCCUGGUGGUGCUCGCUUCGCUUUAAUGCUCCUCUUAUAGGAAGUUUUGCGCGGGAAAAACAUUGCCUGGACAUGAUUUAUCCCCUUGCAUCCAAUGGCUACAAGUCAUUUGCGAUCCCCUGGGGCGCGGCGCAUAUGCCCAUCUUCAAUGAAAUGCUCAUAGAUAAUGGGUUUGAGCAGAUUGGCAUGUGCUCGCUGUUGGUGUUAAAUCGUAUUGACGGGGAAAUUAGCGCUGGUGAGCAUGAACGUUUUUGCCGUAUUGAGAAGAGACAUCAUCGCUUAAUUCAGCUGGCGUGGGGGCUGGCGAUCGUUGCGGGGCUACUGCUCCUGCGUGGGAUGGUCGUGGUCGAGUACCGGAAGGAUUAG